AUGAAACUAGUCGACCAAGUUGUGAGAAGUUUUAAGGUGGCAAAGGUGUUUCGAGAAAAUACAGACAAAAUAAACAGUAUAGAUUUCUCACCGACUGGUGAAACUCUAAUAUCCUGUAGUGAAGAUGACCAAAUCGUUAUUUAUGACUGUGAAAAAGGAACACAAAUGAUAACUGUUAACAGCAAAAAGUAUGGUGUUGAUCUUAUACAUUUUACACACGCUAAGAAUACGGCUAUCCACAGUUCGACGAAAGUGGAUGAUACAAUAAGAUAUUUGUCACUCCAUGAUAACAAAUAUAUCAGAUACUUUCCAGGGCACACCAAGAAAGUAGUUACUCUAUGCUUAUCCCCAGUGGAGGACACAUUUUUAUCUGGGUCCUUAGACAAAACUUUACGUUUAUGGGAUUUGCGUUCUCCAAAUUGUCAAGGCUUGAUGCACUUGUCAGGAAGACCUGUUGCUGCAUAUGAUCCAGAAGGCCUUAUAUUUGCAGCAGGGGUGAACUCAGAAAGUAUCAAACUAUAUGACUUAAGAUCAUUUGACAAAGGUCCAUUUGUAACAUUUAAAUUAAAUCAAGAGAAAGAAUGUGAUUGGACUGGGCUAAAGUUUUCUAGGGAUGGUAAAACAAUGCUUAUAAGUACAAAUGGUUCAAUAAUCAGAUUAGUUGAUGCUUACCAUGGUACUCCAUUACAAACAUUUACUGGUCAUCUUAACAACAAAGGUAUUCCUAUUGAGGCAUCAUUCAGUCCAGACUCACAAUAUAUAUUCAGUGGCUCAACAGAUGGAAGAGUACAUGUUUGGAAUGCAGAUACCGGUUAUAAAGUCUGUGUGUUAAAUGGAGAUCAUCCAGCUCCUAUUCAGUGUGUUCAGUUCAAUCCAAAAUAUAUGUUACUAGCAUCAGCAUGUACAAAUAUGGCUUUUUGGCUCCCAACAAUAGACGAUGUUUAAUGUAUAACUAAAUAAAGACAAUGCUAAUCUAGGUAAAGAUCAAACUUUUGUAUUAAUUGAAUGUAAAGUUAACAAGACUAUUACAUAGAUAAUAAACUUCAAAAAUGCCAUUUUCUGAAUGGCCUUCAUAAAUUGAAUAAACAGUACCUUUGAAAAAACUAGUUUAUAUUAAUUUAUGUCUUCUCCAGUUUAUUUUUUUGAAUACAUAUGAAAUGAACUAAUAGACAUAAAUAACAUUAAGAAUUUGAUAUUUAAACAAAGUGAA